AUGAGCGGCGACUACAAGGCCGAGAAGGAAGCGUUCGUGUCAGGAAUGACGGGGUCGAGUAUUGGGCACAUUAACAUGGUCUCGCUAGUCUCGCUCGCUUCAAUAGCCCUUCACUCCGCCGCCCGAACACGUAUCCCCGCCUCCCGCUUCCAAUUCCUCUCCGAGGCCACCCUCCUCAUCCUCCCCAUCCUGCUCUCCGUGACUCUCUUCGCAGACUCGCCAGGCUCGCUAUGCAUCCUUCUCGCUGUCCCUACCGCUCUCCUCCUCUUUCUCCCAGCGCGCGAGUCUGGAACCUACCUCCCCUCCUCAUUGACCCCGAGUCGUCAAUCUUCCCGCUCGCGCUCAUCGAACCCGUCGCGGGAACCAAGUCCUUCUCGACGAGACACGCUGGUCACCCGGAUACCCCCACUGCCGGCUUUGACAACGUACCGAGCGCACAUGCUUCUCCUCACGUUCAUCUGCAUUCUUGCGGUCGACUUCGAAGUCUUCCCGCGGUUUCUGGCGAAGUGCGAGACAUACGGGGUGUCUUUGAUGGACAUUGGAGUGGGCUCCUUCGUCUUCUCCCAGGGGAUUGUGUCUGCGAUACCCCUGGUGAAGAACCCGACACAUCUCACCGCUCCGCUGCUCCCGAAAGUCACGAAUGUGCUACGCAAGUGCUCUCCCCUCCUCCUUCUCGGGCUUCUCCGGACGAUGUCGGUGAAGGGCACGGAAUACCCAGAACACGUCACGGAGUAUGGCGUACACUGGAACUUCUUUGUCACACUGGCCAUGCUCCCGAUUCUGCAGGUCUUGCUGCACCCCUUGAUGGUGUACGUUCCAAUAUCGCUUAUGGGCGUCGUCGUUGCCGUAUCACAUCAACUCGCAUUGUCGUCCGGACAGCUGGAUGAGUUCAUUCUACACGCCCCUCGGGAAAGCAUGAUCUCAGCCAACAAAGAAGGGCUCAUAUCCCUCCCAGGAUACCUUGCAAUCCACCUUCUCGGACUCUCCACCGGAACCCUAGUCCUUGCGCCAUCUCCCUCUUAUUUCCGUCGUCGCCAGCAACAACUGCGCAGACGAGACGGCGACGGCCGCCCCGCUCCAGACGACUCCGAGACUGACUCCGACGGGCCCUCGCCCACCUCCACAUCCUUCCCCCCACGCUCGCCCGCUUCCUCAUCCUCCACGCUCUCCCCCACCUCCCCGCACGCCUCCGCACCCUCGCCCCCGUCCUCGUCCUCGCUGCGGCGCGAGAAUGACAAGACGGCGACGGAGCUCUGCUCCUACGCCGUGCUCUGGUGGGUCCUCGUCGGCGCGCUUUGGCUCGCGGGCACUGGGCGCGGCGUGUCGCGGCGUAUGGCGAACCUGCCGUACGUCGUUUGGAUCGCGGCGUUCAACAGCACGUUUCUCCUCGGCUACCUCGUCCUCGACAUCGCCUUCUUCCCGAGCCCGAUGAGCACGAGCGUGUACUCGCCUCACUCGAAGUUGAAGGUGCACCCCGGCCCGGACGUGCCCCGCGGACGUGCGGGGAGGGGCGGGGAUGGGGCGGGCGGGGCGCCGAGCGCGCCGCCGCUGCUGGAGGCGGUGAACAAGAACGGGCUGGUGCUGUUUUUGCUGGCGAACGUAACGACGGGGCUGGUCAAUCUCUCGAUGCAGACGAUGUACAUGUCGGAUUGGGCGGCGAUGAUGGUCUUGACUGCGUAUAGCUUUGGGAUCGGCGCGGUCGCGUGGACGUGUCGGCAUAGGAAGCUUUGGCGAUUCUAG